AUGGGCGGAAAGCUCGAUGCUACCAACAUACUGAACAACCAAGUGAUUUCUGUAAUUUCAAAAAUAGCGCGAGAUCACGAGAGCUUCUUGGGCAGUACUCUGCAAGAGAUUGCACACCACAAAGCUGGUAUCCUCAGGCCCCAUGUACCCUACCUCAUCAACCCCAAGAAUGAGGAAAACGUCGUAUCUGUCAUCAACGAGUAUGCAGACGAAAUUGCUGCAGGACCUCGUCUUGAAUACGAUCCCCCAGGCUUUUCCAAGGUACUAUUCCAGAACAAGGACUGGCUACCAGCACAACCAGUCCAUCAAGAAAAUAUGGUCAUAGCUGCCAUGGCUGCAAAGACCGUAAUGGAGAGCUUCGGUAGAGAGUAUACAACCUGGAACAUGGGGCGCAUACUGCGGAAGUCUAAAGUCGAAAACCCGGGACGAUUGGAAUCGGUUCAAGUACCGCCUAUCUUUGGUCAACGAGCCACGGUGUCAUCGAGGAUGUUUAAAGGAGAAUCCAUCCUGGUAGAUGGAGCCCAUAAUCCUGAUGCUGCUAGGGUGUUGAGUCAGCAUGUUCAAAAGUUCCAGAGGAGGAAGAAGAUCCCUAAUGAGGGUCGUGUCCCACGAAACGGGUGGCCUGUUACAUGGGUGCUUGCCAUGACCGAAGGGAAAGAUGCACAUAAAUAUCUAAGCCAGAUACUACAACCAGGAGACAAUGUCGUGACUACGACUUUUGGUCCGGUGGAUGGAAUGCCUUGGGUCAAGCCUAUGGAUCCCAGUCGACUUCUCGACAUGGCAAAAUCUGUCGAGCCUGGCAUCAUGGGAUUGGUUGCAUCAGAGGGCGGCCCACUUCGAGCGUUAUGCACAGCUAAAUAUCUCAGAGAUCCUGACCGACCUAUCGUUUUGACAGGCAGUUUAUACCUUGUGGGUGAUCUACACCGCGAGCGGCGGCUGCGACCGAACAAGGUGUAUUGGGAGGACCCAAAGUUUGAGGACGAUAGAAACAAAAUCGCCGCAAUGCUUGAAGAGGAGAAGCACAGAGUCAAUCGGAUACUAAGCGAUACUGAUACAUUCGGUCUCACCACUGAUUCCUUCGAUAAAUUGAAUCGGAAGAGUGGUAUAUGGGGAAAGCAGCUGGCAGAGCGGGAGAAGCAGAGAACCAUACAAGAAGAGAUUGCGGCUCUUGAUGAAAAAGUGGAGUCUCUCACAGAAGAAGAAAAGCUUCUUAGGCUGGAAGAACCCUCAGCUAUAACAGAAAUCACGAGAUUGACAACACUAGAAAACGGUGCGAAUUUAAGCUAUCAUAAAACCUGGUAA